AUGCCAUCUGCAACGCAGCUCUAUCAGUACGACCACGUCCCUGAAACAAAGGAGAAUCUUGAUUGGGCAGACUUGCCGACUAUCGACCUCUCCCUGUAUGGUACCGACGAGGGAAAUGCUGUCCUCUCCAAAACUCUCCUUGAAGCCAUCCGGACCAAGGGCUUCUUCUAUGUAACCAACUAUGGUAUCUCACAAGAGCAAGUUGACACCCAAUUUGCCCUUGGGCAACAGUUCUAUGAACUCCCGCUGGAGGAGAAACUUAAAUACCAACCAGACCUUGACUCUGGAGAUUAUAAUGGCUACCGACCAGCUGGCAGGCGUCUUCUAAGUGGAGGUAUUAAGGAUAAGACUGAGGUGUGGAAUAUGGCUACCAACGAUGGCCACAUCACUCAGCCGCUCCCUGAGCUCCUGGAAAAGAACAAAGCCUUGAUCGAGAGCUUUUCGCAAGAGCUACACGAUAAGGUCCUUGACCCGCUAUUGCAUCUGAUUGCCCUUGCCCUGGAAUUGCCGGCCGACUUCUUUACCAACUUACACCAGUGGAACAUCCAUGAUGAGUCCCACCUACGGUAUAUGAAAUACUCCAAGUUCACUCCCGAAGAACUCAAACAACUAAGUGACGGACUCUGGUCACUAGGCCACACUGAUCUUGGUACGAUCACACUUCUCUUCCGACAGCCCGUGGCAGCACUCCAAAUCAAGGACCAUAAAACAGGCGAGUGGAAGUGGGCCAAGCCGUUGGACGGCAGUUUGACUGUCAAUACGUGCGAUGCACUGAGCUUCUUGACUGGAGGCUAUAUCAAGUCGACGGUUCAUCGGGUCUCGGCACCUCCCAAGGACCAGCAGCACGUUGACCGUCUCGGAUUACUAUACUUCGCACGCCCUCAGAACGAUCUUGUACUGAACACAGUCGAUUCUCCGGUUCUGAAGCGCGCUGGGAUCCAGCAAAACGAAUUUGAGGCAGGAGGGCACAAAGUACCGACUAUGGGCGAGUUCACAACGCUCAAACAGACCUGGCAGCAGAAGAAGGCGAAGGCGUACAAGGAGGAAGAUGGUGUGGAGAUUCUCCCUGGGUUCAAGGGCCAGUAUCAUGCUUGA